UACUCCUUUCCAGCUCCAUUAAGCUGGAAAUAUGGUAAUAUAUAAGAAAUUAAUUCAUUUCAUUAAACUAACAAAGGUGCAAUGAAAGAAAAAUCAAUGGAGAGACUCUGCAAAUUUCUUACUUUUUGCUUCUAUCUAUUGCUUAUCACAGCAAUAUCCACUGUAGCUGACACCUUGAAUAUAACUCGAUCUAUUAGAGAUGAUGAUGGCCUAGUUUCAGCCGGUGGAAGCUUUAGACUGGGAUUUUUCAGCCCACUUGGCACCUCCAAAAAUAAGUACUUAGGCAUAUGGUACAACAACUUACCUGGCCAAACUGUAGUUUGGGUUGCUAACAGAGAAAUCCCCAUCACUGAUUCGUCCGGCGUUCUUCGGAUCAGUGAUCAAGGAAUGUUGGUACUUACUGUUGGUAACGGGAGCAUAAUUUGGUCUUCUAACUCCACAAGAGCUUCAAGAAAUCCCAUCGCACAGCUUUUGGAUUCAGGAAAUCUUGUUGUUAAAAAUGAGGGUGAUGAUAACCCAGAAAAUUACUUGUGGCAGAGUUUUGAUUACCCAACUGAUACAUUUUUGCCAGGAAUGAAGCUUGGAUGGAAUAGAGAAAAAGGCUUGGGUCGAUACCUUACACCAUGGAAGACAUCCGAUAAUCCUGCUCGAGGUAAUUUUAGUUGUGGGGUUGAUGCUGCUGGUUAUCCUCAACUGGUUGUAAGAAAGAAUUCAAAACUGGUUUUUCGAGCUGGAUCAUGGAAUGGUCUUCGGUUUAGUGGCGCACCUGGAUUAAAGCCAAACUCUAUUUAUACAUUUGGGUUUGUUCUAAACGAGAAGGAGUUGUAUUACCAUUAUGAGCUUCGUAACAGCUCUUUACUUUCAAGAUCGAUGAUAAAUAAUGUCAAUGGCCUUUUCCAACGCUUUCUUUGGAAUGAGCAGACACGAGAAUGGCGACUUUAUUCUACAGUACAAAUGGAUAAUUGUGAUCAAUAUGCUUUGUGCGGUUCAUAUGGUAGCUGCAAUAUUAACAACUCACCCACCUGUAGUUGCUUGGAAGGAUUUGAACCAAAAGUUCCAAAAGAAUGGGACACGGUGGAUUGGUCAAGUGGUUGCGUUAGAAAGAUUCCACUGAAUUGCGCCGGAGAUGGGUUUCGGAGGUACUCUGCUGUGAAGUUGCCAGACACACAGAAAUCCUGGUAUAACAAGAGUAUGAAUCUUGAGGAGUGCAGAACCAUGUGCUUGAAGAAUUGCUCCUGCAUAGCAUACACAAAUUUGGACAUUAGAGGAGGAGGAAGUGGCUGCUUGAUCUGGUAUGAUGAUCUCCUUGAUACUAGACACUUGGAUGAAAAUGGCCAAGAUAUUUACAUAAGGAUGGCUGCAUCAGAAAUAGCUUUUGAUGAAAAUAUGAAGACAAAGAGUAAAUCCAAUAAAACAAGGAUCAUCUUGAGCACAGUGUUACCUGCAGGAAUGCUGCUCCUGGGCCUAACUAUGCUUGUUUGUCUUUGGAAAAAGAAGCAGCAGAAACAUAGAAUAAAAACAGGCAUUGUGGACAGAAAUGCAUAUGACAAUACCAAGGAGGAGGAGCUAGAAUUACCGUUGUUUGAUUUUAACACAAUUGCUUCUGCAACCGAUAACUUCUCAAUUAACAAUAAACUCGGAGAAGGGGGAUUUGGACCUGUUUUCAAGGGAACGUUGAAAGAUGGACAAGAAAUAGCUGUGAAGAGGCUCUCAAAGAAUUCAAACCAGGGACUCAAUGAGUUCAAGAACGAAGUCAUGCAUAUUGCCAAACUUCAGCACCGGAAUCUGGUGAAGCUUCUAGGAUGCUGCAUUGAAUCAGAAGAGAAGAUGUUAGUCUAUGAGUUUAUGCCUAACACGAGCUUGGACUGCUUCCUUUUUGAUGAAAAACAGAGCAAGCUACUAGAUUGGCCUGCGCGCUACCAAAUUAUCAAUGGGAUUGCUCGUGGACUCCUCUAUCUUCACCAAGAUUCAAGGCUAAGAAUAAUUCAUAGAGAUCUGAAAGCAGGGAACAUUUUAUUGGAUUAUGAAAUGAAUCCAAAAAUUUCAGACUUUGGCCUUGCUAGAAGUUUUGGAGGAAAUGAAACUGAAGCCAAUACAAAUAAAGUGGUGGGAACAUAUGGUUACAUGUCUCCAGAAUAUGCAAUUGAAGGCAUAUACUCUGUGAAGUCCGAUGUGUUUAGCUUUGGUGUUAUAGUGCUAGAGAUAGUUAGUGGGAAGAGGAACAGAGGAUUCUCCCAUGAAGACCAUGAUCUUAACCUUCUGGGACAUGCUUGGCAACUACAUAAAGAAGGGAGGUCUAUUGAACUGAUUGACACAUCAUUAAGAAACUCAUACAAUCUAUCUGAAGUGCUACGAUCAGUUCAUGUUGGUUUACUCUGUGUGCAAGGAAGUAUAGAAGAUAGGCCAAGCAUGUCAGCUGUGGUCUAUAUGUUGGGUAGUGAAGGUGCAUUGCCUGAGCCUAAGCUGCCUGGAUUCUUCACAGAAAGGGAUCUAAUUGAACUUGAAGCCAAUUCCACCACAAGAAAGCACACAGCUUCUUCUACUAAUGGUCUUACCAUUACAGUACUAGAUGCAAGAUAGAUGGAUACAUAUCUUGUUGGAGCGCUUGCUGUGAUACUACUGCUGUCACAUUAGCUAAUAGUCUCAUUAGAUUUUAAAUUAUCUAAUGUGUAUUUUGCCUAAAAGUCUAGAGUUUCCACUAACUCAGAGGCGUGCUGCUUAUAUAUAUAUAUAUAUAUAUAUAUAUAUCAGAUAAGGUUAGGUGUUGAUUGUAAAAAAGAAAAAACCUCUACCUUUUUUGUAACUGAUGUAUAUAUAUUAUAUGUUAAUCAAUAAAAUAUCAGUGUUUGAGCUCCUUCUCCUUA